AUGUAUGAUGCAGUUUGUACGGUUCUUGAGAAUAUAAAGAAUGAUGGAUCCACAGGCUCCUUACAUGGGGAAGCUACUGGUGGAUACAAUGCGAUUAGGCAAUUCGAAUUUGUAUUCAUCUUGCAUCUAUUGAAAGAAAUUAUGGGACUCACAGAUAUCCUUUGUCGAGAACUACAACAUAAGUCUCAAGACAUCGUGAAUGCUAUGAACCUAGUUGGUACAACAAAAGAUGUCCUUGGAAAAUUGAGAUUAAAUGGUUGGGAAACUUUUAUUGGGAAAGUUGAUUUGUUUUGCAAGAAACAUGACAUUGAUAUGCUUGAUAUGAAUGCUCAAUAUAAAGUGGGAACAUGUCAUUCUUGUCAACAAAAGGACAACAUUACAGUUGAGCAUCGUUACCACUUUGACAUAUUCAAUGAUGCAAUAGAUUUUCAAUUGGCAGAGUUGAACAGUAGGUUCAGUGAAGGGGCAAUGGAACUUCUUAUUCUUAGUUCAGCUUUGGACCCUAGUGAUUCUUUUAAAUAA